AUGUCAGAGCGCUCUGGGCAAACUGCAAAGGGGAAGGAUGGCAAAUCCAAGUAUGCGUCUCUCAACCUGUUUGAUACCUACAAAGGAAAGAGCCUUGAAGCACAAAAGCCUGUUGGUGAGUAUUUUUAUUGUUUCCAUUGUCCAAGUAGUGUCUUAGUGUGUGGAUAGCGCAAUGCCUCCCCUUUUAAAAGUGGAACCGUGUCAGGUGUUGACGUGAGGUGCUCAGAUCAGGUCAUCAGAUCAUUUUCUGAUCGAUCAUAGGUGAUUGGGUUUGUUGAUAUCGGUUAUGAUAAACGGGUCAUAUUAUGCAAUAAUUUUUCUACAUACGAUCUAUGGGCCGACUUGACUAGAUGUGCAUACACAACCCACAUUUUAGCACUUAACAUUUUAACAUACAGUGGGGAAAAAAAGUAUUUAGUCAGCCACCAAUUGUGCAAGUUCUCCCACUUAAAAAGAUGAGAGGCCUGUAAUUUUCAUCAUAGGUACACGUCAACUAUGACAGACAAAUUGAGGGGAAAAAAUCCAGAAAAUCACAUUGUAGGAUUUUUAAUGAAUUUAUUUGCAAAUUAUGGUGGAAAAUAAGUAUUUGGUCACCUACAAACAAGCAACAUUUCUGGCUCUCACAGACCUGUAACUUCUUCUUUAAGAGGCUCCUCUGUCCUCCACUCGUUACCUGCAUUAAUGGCACCUGUUUGAACUUGUUAUCAGUAUAAAAAAGACACCUGUCCACAACCUCAAACAGUCACACUCCAAACUCCACUAUGGCCAAGACCAAAGAGCUGUCAAAGGACACCAGAAACAAAAUUGUAGACCUGCACCAGGCUGGGAAGACUGAAUCGGCAAUAGGUAAGCAGCUUGGUUUGAAGAAAUCAACUGUGGGAGCAAUUAUUAGGAAAUGGAAGACAUACAAGACCACUGAUAAUCUCCCUCGAUCUGGGGCUCCAUGCAAGAUCUCACCCCGUGGGGUCAAAAUGAUCACAAGAACGGUGAGCAAAAAUCCCAGAACCACACGGGGGGACCUAGUGAAUGACCUGCAGAGAGCUGGGACCAAAGUAAUAAAGCCUACCAUCAGUAACACACUACGCCGCCAGGGACUCAAAUCCUGCAGUGCCAGACGUGUCCCCCUGCUUAAGCCAGUACAUGUCCAGGCCCGUCUGAAGUUUGCUAGAGUGCAUUUGGAUGAUCCAGAAGAGGAUUGGGAGAAUGUCAUGUGGUCAGAUGAAACCAAAAUAGAACUUUUUGGUAAAAACUCAACUCGUCGUGUUUGGAGGACAAAGAAUGCUGAGUUGCAUCCAAAGAACACCAUACCUACUGUGAAGCAUGGGGGUGGAAACAUCAUGCUUUGGGGCUGUUUUUCUGCAAAGGGACCAGGACGACUGAUCCGUGUAAAGGAAAGAAUGAAUGGGGCCAUGUAUCGUGAGAUUUUGAGUGAAAACCUCCUUCCAUCAGCAAGGGCAUUGAAGAUGAAACGUGGCUGGGUCUUUCAGCAUGACAAUGAUCCCAAACACACCGCCUGGGCAACGAAGGAGUGGCUUCGUAAGAAGCAUUUCAAGGUCCUGGAGUGGCCUAGCCAGUCUCCAGAUCUCAACCCCAUAGAAAAUCUUUGGAGGGAGUUGAAAGUCUGUGUUGCCCAGCGACAGCCCCAAAACAUCACUGCUCUAGAGGAGAUCUGCAUGGAGGAAUGGGCCAAAAUACCAGCAACAGUGUGUGAAAACCUUGUGAAGACUUACAGAAAACGUUUGACCUGUGUCAUUGCCAACAAAGGGUAUAUAACAAAGUAUUGAGAAACUUUUGUUAUUGACCAAAUACUUAUUUUCCACCAUAAUUUGCAAAUAAAUUCAUUAACAAUCCUACAAUGUGAUUUUCUGGAUUUUGUUUCUCAUUUUGUCUGUCAUAGUUGACGUGUACUUAUGAUGAAAAUUACAGUCCUCAUCUUUUUAAGUGGGAGAACUUGCACAAUUGGUGGCUGACUAAAUACCUUUUUUUCCCCACUGUAUGUCUUCCAUUUCCUAAUAAUUGCUCCCACAGUUGAUUUCUUCAAACCAAGCUGCUUACCUAUUGCAGAUUCAGUCUUCCCAGCCUGGUGCAGGUCUACAAUUUUGUUUCUGGUGUCCUUUGACAGCUCUUUGGUCUUGGCCAUAGUGGAGUUUGGAGUGUGACUGUUUGAGGUUGUGGACAGGUGUGUUUUAUACUGAUAACAAGUUCAAACAGGUGCCAUUAAUACAGGUAACGAGUGGAGGACAGAGGAGCCUCUUAAAGAAGAAGUUACAGGUCUGUGAGAGCCAGAAAUCUUGCUUGUUUGUAGGUGACCAAAUACUUAUUUUCCACCAUAAUUUGCAAAUAAAUUCAUUAAAAAUCCUACAAUGUGUUUUUCUGGAGGAAAAAAAAUCUCAAUUUGUCUGUCAUAGUUGACGUGUACCUAUGAUGAAAAUUACAGGCCUCUCUCAUCUUUUUAAGUGGGAGAACUUGCACAAUUGGUGGUUGACUAAAUACUUUUUUCCCCACUGUAUCUAGGCCUGUGUCUGUAGAAUAUUGUUACAAUGUUGAAGGCUUGGGGCGGUCCAUUGCACUGAUUUCUAAAAAGUGUCUCUAGAAUGAUUUCAGCAUUUGAGACUGAGGAAAAGGCUAACAUUAGGGCCUAACUGAAAUUCUAAUUUUACUCACUGAAAAGUAACAGAGUGAAUGGAGGAAUGGGAAGGUAUUGAAGACGCUUGUAUAAACUACAAUGGAUGGGUGCAGGCCCCAUGGUCUGGUGGUCUAGGCAUAUGUACGCAACCUCAGAGACCAAGGUUCCGAUCCCUGGCUCCUCCUUUCCCAUUUUCUCUCCCUCCUCCUAAUGUCUCCCAAACUGUUUCCAAUCUGUCUGAAGAAAGCAAAAAUGCCCUGAAAUAAUAAUAAUACUUAAAAAAAUAUAUAUAUUUAUACUCUACCGGUCAAAAGUUUUAGAACACCUACUCAUUCAAGGGUUUUUCUUUUUAAAAUUUUCUACAUUGUAGAAUAAUAGAGAAGACAUCAAAACUAUGAAAUAAGAAAUAUGUAAUCAUGUAGUAACCAAAAAAGUGUUAAACAAAUGAAAAUAUAUUUUAUAUUUGAGAAUCUUCAAAGUAGCCACCCUUUGCCUUGAUGACAGCUUUGCACACUCUUGGCAUUCUCUCAACCAGCUUCAUGAGGUAGUCACCUGGAAUGCAUUUCAAUUAACAGGUGUGCGUUGUUAAAAGUUAAUUUAUGGAAUUUCUUUCCUUAAUGCGUUUGAGCCAAUCAGUUGUGUUGUGACAAGGUAGGGGUGGUAUACAGAAGAUAGCCCUAUUUGUUAAAAGACCAAGUCCAUAUAAUGGCAAGAACAGCUCAAAUAAGCAAAGAGAAACGACAGUCCAUCAUUACUUUAAGACGUGGUCAGUCAAUCUGGAAAAUGUAAAGAACUUUGAAAGUUUCUUCAAGUGCAAUCGCAAAAACCAUCAAGCGCUAUGAUGACAAAAGCUUCACAGAGUUCAAGUAACAGACAAAUCUCAACCUUCAACUGUUCAGAGGGGACUGUGUGAAUCAGUCCUUCAUGGUCGAUUGCUGCAAAGAAACCACUACUAAAGGACACCAAUAAGAAGAAGAGACCUGCUUGGGCCAAGAAACACGAGCAAUGGACAUUAGACCGGUGGAAAUUUGUCCUUUUGGUCUGGGGUCCAAAUUGGAGACGCGGUGUGGGUGAAUGGAUGACCUCCGCAUGUGUAUUUCCCACCGUAAAGCAUGGAGGAAGAGGUGUUAUGAUGUGGGGGGGCUUUGCUGGUGACACUGUCUGUGAUUUAUUUAGAAUUCAAGGCACACUUAACGAGCAUGGCUACCACAGCAUUCUACAGCGAUACGCCAUCCCAUCUGUUUUGGGUUUAGUGGGACUAUCAUUUGUUUUUUCAACAGGACAAUGACCCAACACACCUCCGGGCUGUGUAAGGGCUAUUUUACCAAGAAGGAGAGUGAUGGAGUGCUGCAUCAGAUGACCUGGCCUCCACAAUCCCCCGACCUCAACCCGAUUUUGAGAUGGUUUGGGAUGAGUCGGAAGGCAGAGUGAAGGAAAAGCAGCCAACAAAUGCUCAGCAUAUGUGGGAACUCUUUCAAGACUGUUGGAAAAGCAUUCCAGGUGAAGCUGGUUGAGAGAAUGCCAAGAGUGUGCAAAGCUGUCAUCAAGGCAAAGGGGGGCUAUUUGAAGAAUCUCAAAUAUUAAAUAUAUUUUGAUUUGUUGAACACUUUUUUUGUUUGUUUACUACAUGAUUCCAAAUGAGUUAUUUCAUAGUUUUGAUGUCUUCACUAUUAUUCUACAAUAUAGAAAAUAGUAAAAAAUUAAGAAAAACCCUUGAAUGAGUAGGUGUGUCCAAACUUUUGACUGGUAGUGUGUGUGUGUAUGUAUAUAAAUAAUAAAGUAAAACUAGGGUGGUUGGCUCCGGUUAAGCAGCGAGCGCCCCUAACCAUUCAGCCUGACCCAGCCGAGAGAGACAGAGCUCUACUUGUAAUCAGUUUGACUUCAGCUUGUCUCCUCCUAUGUUUUAUUCACGAGCUGCCUAGCACAUCUUAGCAGCUGUCCCCUAGUUUCUCUUUCAAAAUACAACUCCCCCAAGUACUUCUGUGCUUUUCCUCAGCCUCGAAACAAAUGUGGGAUUGAUUUUCCGUAGUGAUGGGGCGGAAAAACCGAUCCAGUUACAUAUCGGGAUAUUAUUUUUGACUAUCGUUUUGACAAUAUCGCAGUAUUAUUUUUUGUGCUAUUUGCCUGUAUAUCCCUGCACCAAAACUCCAGUAUUUUUCCUUCAUAUCUUGUUCACCGUCUUUUUAAAUAGGGUGGCAAUUUGUUUUCAGCACUUAUUUCCAUGACUGAUUAAAACUAGUUUUUUCAUGGCUCUCUCUUGUCCCUCUGCAGCAAACAUAUGGUGAGCAAUAUGUUUGGAACAUUGAAUCACAAUAAGAUCAAAGUAUCUAAUCACAAUACAUAUAGAAUCGUGAGAAUCGCAAUACAUAGCCUAUCGGCACCUAAGUAUCGUGAUAAUAUUGAAUUGUGAGGUCCAUGGCAAUUCCAGCUUUAUGGAUGUGACAUUUCCACACAAUGAGAAACAAAUUGUCUCACAGAAUUAACUUAUCUAGCAUAAAUUAAAAUGUUGAUGUGUAUAUUUGUAGAAACCUAUAGGGGAAGUGUAGACAAUUCUAAGUAAUACCACUUUGAAGUAACGGUACAACUUGCAAUUGUGGAUGUGACUGAAAUGGACAGGGUCUUUUGGGAGAACAAACAGUCUGUGAAUCUCAAAGUUACAUUUUUGUAACUUCAUUCAUGACAGAUGCUUUCCUUAAAAGAUUAAAUGUUAUUAUCAAUCACCUACUGAGUAACAGAAUAAACGUCAAACUCAUCAAUUCAAACUUUUUUUAUUUUUACAAGCUCAUGCUUUGUAUUAAUCUCACACCCUUUAAUCUGCCAGCACAGGCUCUAUGAAAUGGUACCUCCUCCCCCUGUUGUCCACAAAAGGACACAGGUACUGGACAACUUGACCUGCUGCCACCCAAGCCUUGGUUGGCAAGAUGUACACAAAUCCUGUGUGGUCAUUUCUCCUUAAGAACUGCAUUUCAACAGCAUCAGUCAGUCUUUAUCUGUUACCAGUCCCACUAGAAAAGUUCGAUCGGGUUCAAGUCCGGGCUCUUGCUGGGCCACUCAAAGACAUUGAGACUUGUAAAGAAGGCACUCCUGCGCUGUCUUGGCUGUGUCCUUAGGGUCGUUGUCCUGUUGGAAAGUGAACCUUCGCCCAAGUCUGAGGUCCUGAGUGCUCUGGAGCAGGUUUUCAUCAAGGAACUCUCUGUACUUUGCUCCGUUCAUCUUUCCCUCAAUCUUGACCAGUCUUUCAGUCCCCUAUAGGGUUCUACAAAUAUACACAUUAACAUUUUAAUUUAUGCUAGAUAAGUCAAUUCUGUGAGACAAUUUGUUUCUCAUUUUGUGUGGAAAUGUCACAUCCAUAAAGCUGGAAUUGCCAGGGACCUCACAAUUCAAUAUUAUCACGAUACUUAGGUGCCGAUAGGCUAUGUAUUGCGAUUCUCACGAUUCUAUAUGUAUUGUGAUUAGAUACUUUGAUCUUAUUGUGAUUCAAUGUUCCAAACAUAUUGCUCACCAUAUGUUUGCUGCAGAGGGACAAGAGAGAGCCAUGAAAAAACUAGUUUUAAUCAGUCAUGGAAAUAAGUGCUGAAAACAAAUUGGCACCCUAUUUAAAAAGACGGUGAACAAGCUAUGAAGGAAAAAAUACUGGCGUUUUAGUGCAGGGAUAUACAGGCAAAUAGCACAAAAAAUAAUACUGCGAUAUUGUCAAAACGAUAGUCAAAAAUAAUAUCCCGAUAUGUAACUGGAUCGGUUUUCCCCCCCCCAUCACUACGGAAAAUCAAUCCCACAUUUGUUUUCGAGGCUGAGGAAAAGCACAGAAGUACUUGGGGGAGUUGUAUUUUGAAAGAGAAACUAGGGGACAGCUGCUAAGAUGUGCUAGGCAGCUCGUGAAUAAAACAUAGGAGACAAGCUGAAGUCAAACUGAUUACAAGUAGAGCUCUGUCUCUCUCGGCUGGGUCAGGCUGAAUGGUUAGGGGCGCUCGCUGCUUAACCGGAGCCAACCACCCUAGUUUUACUUUAUUAUUUAUAUACAUACACACACACUACCAGUCAAAAGUUUGGACACACCUACUCAUUCAAGGGUUUUUCUUAAUUUUUUACUAUUUUCUAUAUUGUAGAAUAAUAGUGAAGACAUCAAAACUAUGAAAUAACUCAUUUGGAAUCAUGUAGUAACCAAAAAAAGUGUUAAACAAAUCAAAAUAUAUUUUAUAUUUGAGAUUCUUCAAAUAGCCCCCCUUUGCCUUGAUGACAGCUUUGCAAACUCUUGGCAUUCUCUCAACCAGCUUCACCUGGAAUGCUUUUCCAACAGUCUUGAAAGAGUAAUAACAAAGCAAAAACAGGUAUUUAGAAAUGUCUGCAAAUGUAUUUAAAAUAAAUGAAAUAUCACAUUUAAAUAAGUAUUCAGACCCUUUACUCAGUACUUUGUUGAAACAACUGGCAGCGAUUACAGCCUAGAGUCUUCUUGGGUAUGACGCUACAAGCUUGGCACACCUGUAUUUGGGGAGUUGCUCCCAUUCUUCUCUGCAGAUGCUCUCAAGCUCUGUCAGGUUGGAUGGGGAGCGUCAGUGCACAGAUAUUUUCAGGUUUUUCCAGAGAUGUUUGAUCGUGUUCACGUCCGGGCUCUGGCUGGGCCACUCAAGGACAUUCAGAGACUUGUCCCAAAGUCACUCCUGCGUUGUCUUGGCUGUGUGCUUAGGGUCGUUGUCCUGUUGGAAGGUGAACCUUCACCCAAGUCUGAGGUCCUGAGCGCUCUGGAGCAGGUUUUCAUCAAGGAUCUCUCUGUACUUUGCUCCGUUCAUCUUUCCCUUGAUCCUGACUAGUCUCCCAGUCCCUGCCGCUGAAAAACAUCCCCAUAGCAAAAAAACAAUUUAAUCCAUUUUAGAAUAAGGCUGUAACGUAACAAAAUGUGGAAAAAGUCAAAUGGUCUGAAUACUUUACGAAUGCACAGUAAGUUAGGCCACUUGAUUUCAACAUCUGAACAAAGUGGACGGGUUAGCAUGCUGUUCAAACAGUUGGAAUCAGACAGAAGGGUAUGUUCAUAACAAUUAAACCUUUCUACCUUGUUGGCUAGCAAAUAGAACCAAGUUGACUAAACUUAAAAUAUAAAGAUUAGCUGGCUACUAACUAGCACAGAUUGUUUGAGACCUGUGUUACCUUUAUAUAAUGCCUGCUGCAAGAAGUUAGUCAUUAUAAGUGAAUGUGCAUUAUCUGUGGUUCUGGUUAAAUUUGUAACAAAAAGGGCAUUUUCAUAGAUCUACUUGAAAGCCAGAUCAAUGAUUAUUGCAAAAAAUCUGGUUAAUCUAUUUUGAUAAAAUAAUUACAUUAUUAUUGGGUCUUAUGGUUGUGGAAGGCUUAUUUAGCCAGGCAUAAUUUCACAAGCCCUGAAUUUGUUAGAUUAUUGCUGACUAUUUGAAAUGCAGUGUAAUUAGCCUUUUAAAUUGUACAACAAAGCUUAUUUAGAAAAACAUUUAAAAUAUAUUAUUUUUAUGCCAUAUCGUGCAGCCCUAGUUGUAACUCAAUUAUCUGCAGUUCUUGAUCACCUACAUCCUGUGUCGGCGAUAACCACUGUUGUUUUCAUGACCUCCUCUCACCUCCCGUUGGUUCUCAGUGGUCUCAAAUUACUGUGGUCUUUCUGCUAAUGACCUUGUCUCCCCCCUCUCUUCCUCCCCCUCAUCAGUUCCCCCCCGCCAUGGCCUGCAGUCUCUUGGUAAAGUUGCCUCCGCGCGGCGCAUGCCACCCCCUGCCAGCCUGCCCAGUCUGAAGGCGGAGAACAAAGGCAACGACCCCAACGUCUCGCUCGUUCCCAAAGACGGCACAGGAUGGGCAAGCAAGCUGGAACCAGCAGACCCAAAGAGGUGAUGAGGAGUCCCCCCGACACACUCCCCAUGAGGCGCUCUAUAGAUUUCACUAUACUAAAUCCUUCUCAGUCAGCACUCUAUUCACUGAUCUUUACUAUUUAACGUGGUUGGGUAUUAUUGCCUCUUGUUUAAAUUCUACACCUGCCCAGAACUUGAAUUUAAUCGAUUUAUCAUCAAUAUUGAUGAUUUAUCUGAAUUAGCAGGAUUAUCUUAAUCUGCAGUAUAAAAUAAGAAUUGACUAACGUUUUCUAAUGGUGAUAUUAAUAUACAGAUGCAAUGUUAUCUCAAGAAAAGCCAGCAAUACUGCUGUGGAACAUGCUAAUACGCCUCUACUAACUCUAAUUGGCACAAAUGUCUGUCUGACACUUACCCAUCUGGCGUUUCUCUCUCUCAGUACCGAUGUAUUGUCAGCACCGCAGCUGGAAUUGCCGCAGCCUGUGGUUUCACAGACGCCUGUACCGACCCGCCCGAGAACCCCGCCAGCUCCAGAGGUACACACACACACCAAUUCGAUGUCAAUGUGAACUGAAACAAAAUCGUUCCAUACCGCCAUGGUGCUUAUUGUUGUGCUGUUGUGUGUCUCUCAGGCUUCGCCUCCGGUUCCGGCCCCGGUUUCAGCCCAGGCCGCAGGGGCAAAGUCCUGGGCUCCGGCCAGUGUUACACAUGGAGCACAAGGAGAUGGUGAGUAAAAAGCCUUUUUACAUCUGUCUGUCACUUCUCUCUUUCUUCAUAUGGGCACUUUACAGCGGACUUGACUGCAUCAUCAAUGGCCUCCUAACUAACUCACGUUUGGAUAUUUAACUGUGAGUAACCCCUCAUCUCUCGCACCAUACAGGUGGAAAGGGAUCAAACCAACCGUCGCCAUUCUCUCGCGAGGAAUUUCCCACCCUGCAGGCGGCUGGCGACCAGGACAAAGCUGGCAGAGAACAGGGCACUGCAGAUCAGUGGUAUGGGCCCGGACCAAGCCUCCGCCCUCCGAGUGAGUAACGCUCAUCUCUUUAUACACUGCUAAAAAAAAUAAAGGGAACACUUAAAAAACACAAUGUAACUCCAAGUCAAUCACACUUCUGUGAAAUCAAACUGUCCACUUAGGAAGGAACACUGAUUGACAAUACAUUUCACAUGCUGUUGUGCAAAUGGAAUAGACAACAGGUGGAAAUUAUAGGCAAUUAGCAAGACACCCCCAAUAAAGAAGUGGUUCUGCAGGUGGUGACCACAGACCACUUCUCAGUUCAUAUGCUUCCUGGCUGAUGUUUUGGUCACUUUUGAAUGCUGGCGGUGCUUUCACUCUAGUGGUAGCAUGAGAUGGAGUCUACAACCCACACAAGUGGCUCAGGUAGUGCAGCUCAUCCAGGAUGGCACAUCAAUGCGAGCUGUGGCAAGACGGUUUGCUGUGUCUGUCAGCGUAGUGUCCAGAGCAUGGAGGCGCUACCAGGAGACAGGCCAGUACAUCAGGAGACGUGGAGGAGGCCGUAGGAGGGCAACAACCCAGCAGCAGGACCGCUACCUCCGCCUUUAUGCAAGGAGGAGCAGGAGGAGCACUGCCAGAGCCCUGCAAAAUGACCUCCAGCAGGCCACAAAUGUGCAUGUGUCUGCUCAAACGGUCAGAAACAGACUCCAUGAGGGUGGUAUGAGGGCCCGACGUCCACAGGUGGGGGUUGUGCUUACAGCCCAACACCGUGCAGGACGUUUGGCAUUUGCCAGAGAACACCAAGAUUGGCAAAUUCGCCACUGGCGCCCUGUGCUCUUCACAGAUGAAAGCAGGUUCACACUGAGCACGUUACAGACGUGACAGAGUCUAGAGACGCCGUGGAGAACGUUCUGCUGCCUGCAACAUCCUCCAGCAUGACCGGUUUGGCGGUGGGUCAGUCAUGGUGUGGGGUGGCAUUUCUUUGGGGGGCCGCACAGCCCUCCAUGUGCUCGCCAGAGGUAGCCUGACUGCCAUUAGGUACCGAGAUGAGAUCCUCAGACCCCUUGUGAGACCAUAUGCUGGUGCGGUUGGCCCUGGGUUCCUCCUAAUGCAAGACAAUGCUAGCCCUCAUGUGGCUGGAGUGUGUCAGCAGUUCCUGCAAGAGGAAGGCAUUGAUGCUAUGGACUGGCCCACCCGUUCCCCAGACCUGAAUCCAAUUGAGCACAUCUGGGACAUCGUGUCUCGCUCCAUCCACCAACGCCACGUUGCACCACAGACUGUCCAGGAGUUGGCGGAUGCUUUAGUCCAGGUCUGGGAGGAGAUCCCUCAGGAGACCAUCCGCCACCUCAUCAGGAGCAUGCCCAGGCGUUGUAGGGAGGUCAUACAGGCACGUGGAGGCCACACAUACUACUGAGCCUCAUUUUGACUUGUUUUAAGGACAUUACGUGUAAGUUGGAUCAGCCUGUAGUGUGGUUUUCCACUUUAAUUUUGAGGGUGACUCCAAAUCCAGACCUCCAUGGGUUGAUAAAUUUGAUUUCCAUUGAUAAUUUUUGUGUAAUUUUGUUGUCAGCACAUUCAACUAUGUAAAGAAAAAAGUAUUUAAGAUUAUUUCAUUCAUUCAGAUCUAGGAUGUGUUGUUUAAGUGUUCCCUUUAUUUUUUUGAGCAGUGUAGGUUAUUGUAGACCACACAUAGAGUGAAGAGGGCUACCAAAAGAACAGGAGAAGCAGUGGUCAGUGCCUCUUUUAUUUUUGAUGACUAUUAGUCAAAACUACGGUUCAAAAUUCCGGUACCUGUCCUAAAAUUCCCACAUUUUCCAGAAAUCCCAGUUGGAGGAUUGCCGGUUGGAGAAUUACCUCUCUCUCCCUGCUUAUUCACUCCUGAUUCUAAGAUUCCUCUAACUGAAGAAAAAAAAGGAAUUUUGGGGAAGAUUUCUAUAACUAGGACAUCGGCUAUGGCAUGAUUUCUUUGCAUGUCCAGUUUUUCUUCCUGAAUACAAACGCUGGUAUAGGUGGUUUCUAUUCCUAACCAUUUCUUACUUAUUUUCCUUGUUUUCCCUCUCUCCCCAGACAUGACGAGCUGGCGGGACGGUGGGGGCCGUGCGCUGGCGCCCACCGGGGAGGGGGUCGCAGAGGGUGGCCCGGGCGGGGCGCUGGUCAUGGAGGGGGCGGCCGUUGGUGGCCAGGCAGGCCCCCCUCUCCAGCAGCAGCAGAACCCACAGUCCCAUGGGCCGCCUAGGAACCCCCCCGCCGGCAGCCCCGUGCUGCCCCAGCCCCCCGUGGGCCCUGGCUUCCCACAGUACAGAGGGAUCAUGCCUCCAUUUGUAAGUAUAAUAAUAAUAUGCCAUUUAGCAGACGCUUUUAUCCAAAGCGACUUACAGUCAUGUGCGCAUAAAUUUUUUUUGUGUAUGGGUGGUCCCGGGGAUCGAACCCACUACCUUGGCGUUACAAGCGCCUUGCUCUACCAGCUGAGCUACAGAGGACCACUAGGUUCGAAGUCUACUCCUGGUGUAAUCUCUGCAUGUGUGCUCACAAAAGCUGUAUCUGUAGCUUUCAGAAAGUAUUCACACCCCUUUACUUUUUCCACAUUUUGUUAUUACGUCUUGAAUUUAAAAUGGAUUAAAUUGAGAUUUUGUGUUACUGGCCUACACACAAUACCCCAUAAUGUCAACAUGGAAUAAUGUUUUCAGGAGUAAACUUUUGCUUUACAAGUCACAUAAUAAGAACGCAUGGGAUUCACUCUGUGUGCUAUAAUAGUGUUUUAACAUGAUUUUGUAAUGACUAGCUCAUCUCUGUACUAAUUAUCUGUAAGUUCCCUCUGUCGAGCAGAGAAUUUCAAACACAGAUUCAACCACAAAGACCAGGAGGUUUUCCAAUGUCUCGCAAAGAAGGGCACCUAUUGGUAGAUGAAAAUAAAAAAGCAGACAUUGAAUAUCCCUUUGAGCAUGGUGAAGUUAUUAAUUACACUUUGGAUGGUGUAUCAAUACACCUAGCCACUACAAAGAUACAGGUGUCCUUCCUAACUCAGUUGCCGGAGAGGAAGGAAACCGCUCAGGGAUUUCACCAUGAGGCCAAUGUUGACUUUAAAACAGUUACAUAGUUUAAUAGCUGUGAUAGGAAACUGAGGAUGGCUCAACAACAUUGUCGUUACUCCACAAUAAUGAUCUAAAUGACAGAGUGAAAAGGAAGCCUGUACAUAAUGAAUAUAUUUCUAAAUAUGCAUCCUAAAGUAAAAAUGCAAAACAUGUGGCAAAGAAAUUAACUUUAUGUCUUGGAUACAACACAUCACUAAAUACCACUCUUCAUAUUUUCAAGCAUGGUGGUGGCUGCAUCAUGUUAUAGGUAUGCUUGACAUCGGCAAAGGAGUUUUUUGUAGGAUAAAAUGAAACUGAAUAGAGCUAUACAAAGGCAAAAUCCUAGAAGAAAACCUGAUUGUCUGCUUUCCAACAGACACUGGGAGAAAAAGUAACCUUUCAUCAGGACAAUAACCUAAAACACAAGGCCAGAUAUACACUGGAGUUGCUUACCAAGACGACAUUAAAUGUUCCUGAGUGGCCUAGUUACCGUUUUGACUUAAAUGGACAUGAAAUAUAUGGCAGGACUUGAAAAUGGCUGUCUAGCAAUGACCAACUUGACCGAGCAUGAAGGAUUUUGUAAUGAAUAAUGUGCAAAUAUUGCACAAUCCAGGUGUGCAAAGCACUUACUCACAGCUGUAAUCGCUCCUAAAGGUGAUUCUAACAUGUUAUGACUCAGUGGUAUGAAUACUUUAUUUCAUUUUCAAUACAUUUGCCAACAUUUCUACAAACAUGUUUUCACUGUCAUUAUGGGGUAUUGUGUGUAGAUGGAUGAGAGGGAAAAUUAAGGCUAGAAGACAACAAAAUAUGGAAUAAUUCAAGGGUAUAAAUACUUUUCAAGGCACUGUAUUAUAUCAAUAGCUAAGUUUUCAUCCAUUUGUAAAAGAUUUUCAAGCGAGAACGCCUAUUCUUAAUAUUCACACAAAAUAUAUGCACAAUUUACCGGCAGCGGUGUUUCCAUCAAACUGGCUUGUUGCGAAUAUAAAGCUGUGUGUGAUGACGUAGUGCACAUUGAAAGCACUUUGUCGUAUAACGUUUAAUGUACCGAGUAAAAAAAGUUAUGUUUUUCCAUCCUUUUUAUUUUUUUAUUUUUUUACUCUGUUGGUUUUGGCAUAAAGUCUUGACAAUCCUGUCAUUUUAAAUAGGUGGUUCUGUGGAUAUCUCGUUAGCGAAGUUUCCUAUAGUAUAUUAAGGUGUCAGAAACAGUGUUAGAACAUCACACUGUUACUUGUACACAGAUGGGCUCUCAGCCUGUUAUCCACCAGUGUAGCAGCAGUCUACUGUCAAUCUCUGCUUUUUUUGCACCACUGCUUUUGUGUAUCUCUCUUAAGCAGGAUCGCUAAAUCUGUCUGUCUCUCAGAUGUACCCUCCCUACCUGCCCUUCCCGCCUCCCUACGGCCCCCAGGGGCCCUACGGGUACCCUCCGCCUGGUGAGGCCCCUCCCAGGUUUCGCCAGCAGGGUCAGGACAGUCGCGGGCGUCCCCAGGGAGUUCCACGUGGCGGGGGAGGAGAGAUGGUGAAGCGACCUUCCAUUCUGAAGCAGGAUGACCUGAAGGAGCUAGACGAACUGGACCACCAGGACGGAGACGAGGGCUGGGCAGGUGAGAAAAGAGAGAGGAGACGUCAGGACUCAUGAACACCUAUAAUUAUUGAUUAUACUGCUCAGAGAGCAGUGGCAAGUUUAAAAAUCAUCACAUGAAGAAUAGAGACCUGCACAGUGUGGGUACACUGUUAAAUUGAUAUGAGAACGUUCCUUAAACAAGAUGGGAAAAUUAUGACAGGAUAGCCUGAAAUAAUGCACUUUAUGAAAGCGUUAUGUUAAUGAUAUGUUUGUAAAUUACACAUGGUGACACAGAUUUUUAUUGCUCCACCAUAAUCUCACAAAGCAUUAAACAUUUUUCUGUUUGGCAAAAGAAAAGCAUGACGCCAACUUCACACCCCCCCCACAAGGAAGCCAGCCCCAAGGGUUAUUAUUCCACUCUCAUUCAAUAAAAUGAUCUGAUGGUGAGGUUGAAAUACUCUGUAUUCAAAUCCCGAAAGGAAGUAAUGAUCUCACUACAAACAUUUUAAUAGAAAGUUGGCAAGAUGGAAAGGACAAUACCUGUCUAUUUGUGAAAAAAUGACCCUGAUUAACUCUUUGGUCAUAUCCCAGUUUACCUGUUUAUACUGAACAAAAAUAUAAACACAACAUGCAACAAUUUCAAAGAUCGUACUGACUUACAGUUCAUAUAAGAAAAUCUGUCAAUUGCAAUAAAUUAAUUAGGCCCUAAUCUAUGGAUUUCACAUGACUGGGAUUACAGAUCUGUUUGUCACAGAUACCUUUAAAAAAAAAAAAAAAAAAAAGUAGGGAUGUGGAUCAGAAAACCUGUCCAGUAUCUGGUGUGACCACCAUUUAUUUGCCUCAUGCAGUGUGACACAUCUCCUUUGCAUAGAGUUGAUCAGGCUGUUGAUUGUGGCCUGUGGAAUGUUGUCCCACUCUUCUUUAAUGGCUGUGCGAAGUUGCUGGAUAUUAGCGGGAACUGGAACAUGCUGUCAUACACGUCGAUCCAGAGCAUCCCAAACAUGCUCAAUGGGUGACAUGUUUGGUGAGUAUGAAGGCCAUGGAAGAACUGGAAUUGUGUACAGAUCCUUGAGCCAUGGGGCCAUGCAUUGUCAUGCUGAAACAUGAGGUGAUGGUGGCGGAUUAUUGGCACGACAAUGGGCCUCAGGAUCUCGCCACGGUAUCUCUGUGCAUUCAAAUUGCCAUCGAUUAAAUUGCAAUUGUGUUCGUUGUCCGUAGUUUAUGCCUGCCCAUACCAUAAUCCCACCGGCACCAUGGGGCACUCUGUUCACAAUGUUGACAUCAGCAAACCGCUCACACAACGCCAUACACGUGGUCUGCGGUUAUGAGGCCAUUUCAAUGUACUGCCAAAUUCUCUAAAACAACGUUGGAGGUGGCUUAUGGUAGAGAAAUUAACAUUAAAUUAUCUGGCAACAACUCUUGUGGACAUUCCUGCAGUCAGUAUGCCAAUUGCAUGCUCCCUCAAAACUUGAGACAUCUGUGUGAUUGUGUUGAGUGACAAAUGCUCAUUUUAGAGUGGCCUUUUAUUGUCCCCAGCACAAGGUGCACCUGUUUAAUGAUCAUGCUAUUUAAUCAGCUUUUUGAUAUGGCACACCUGUCAGGUGGAUAGAUUAUCUUGGCAAGGCGAAAUGAUCACUAACAGGGAUGUAAAUACAUUUGGGCACAACAUUUGAGAGAAAUAAGCUUUUUGUGUGUAUGGAAAAUGUCUGGGAUCUUUUAUUUCAGCCCAUGAAACAUGGGACCAACACUUUACAUGUUGCGUUUAUAUUUUUGUUCAGUGUACUUAUGGCCCUGCCCAUUUUAAAUUAUAUGAGCAAAAAAGAUUCCACUUUAUUUGGAACGGCAAGCCAGAUAAAAUUAAACGUACCUAUUUAUAUAAUGAAUAAGAAUUCAGAGGGCAGAAAUUAUUAAAUAUUAAAGCAUUGGUGGACUUCUCACUAAAGCAGUGAUCAUCAACUAGAUUCAGCCACGGGACGAUUUUUUCUUGAGCGGAUGGUCGGGGGGUGACCAGAACAUAAUUAGCCCAAACAGAUAUGUUUGACUAAAACAUAAUUAUUUAAAACCUUACAUUUGUAUACGAACACACAGAAAACGUAGGGGGCCAAAUAAAACCACCCGCGGCCACCAGUUGGGGAACCCUGCACUAAAGGCUUCAGUCAUACAAAAUCUAUACUUAAAUCCGAACCUUUUUCCCUUUAUUCAGAAUACAACCUCUCACUUUCGGUUAUUUGAAAAUCUCCAAAAUAUAGCUAUUUUUAAAACAAGCAUAGAAAGCUGGUUGCAAUUUCAGUUUAAUCCACCAGAAAAGACAGAACAAAAAUUACAACAAAUAUUAUGGUUAAACUCAAAUAUACUAAUUGAUAAUAUGGAAAAUAUGUUUAAAAAUGGUAUUUGUAAGUGAUAUCAUAAAUAACUCCACCAGUCCUAUGUCACACAUGCAGUUAACAAAAAUAUAUGGAAAUACAGUGGGGGGGAACAAGUAUUUGAUACACUGCCGAUUUUGCAGGUUUUCCUACUUACAAAGCAUGUAGAGGUCUGUAAUUUUUAUCAUAGGUACACUUCAACUGUGAGAGACGGAAUCUAAAACAAAAAUCCAGAAAAUCACAUUCUAUGAUUUUUAAGUAAUGCAUUUGCAUUUUAUUGCAUGACAUAAGUAUUUGAUACAUCAGAAAAGCAGAACUUAAUAUUUGGUACAGAAACCUUUGUUUGCAAUUACAGAGAUCAUACGUUUCCUGUAGGUCUUGACCAGGUUUGCACACACUGCAGCAGGGAUUUUGGCCCACUCCUCCAUACAGACCUUCUCCGGAUCCUUCAGGUUUCGGGGCUGUCGCUGGGCAAUACGGACUUUCAGCUCCAUCCAAAGAUUUUCUAUUGGGUUCAGGUCUGGAGACUGGCUAGGCCACUCCAGGACCUUGAGAUGCUUCUUACGGAGCCACUCCUUAGUUGCCCUGGCAGUGUGUUUCGGGUUGUUGUCAUGCUGGAAGACCCAGCCACGACUCAUCUUCAAUGCUCUUACUGAGGGAAGGAGGUUGUUGGCCAAGAUCUCGCGAUACAUGGCCCCAUCCAUCCUCCCCUCAAUACAGUGCAGUCGUCCUGUCCCCUUUGCAGAAAAGCAUCCCCAAAGAAUGAUGUUUCCACCUCCAUGCUUCACGGUUGGGAUGGUGUUCUUGGGGUUGUACUCAUCCUUCUUCUUCCUCCAAACACGGCGAGUGGAGUUUAGACCAAAAAGCUAUAUUUUUGUCUCAUCAAACCACAUGACCUUCUCCCAUUCCUCCUCUGGAUCAUCCAGAUGGUCAUUGGCAAACUUCAGACGGGUCUGGACAUGCUCUGGCUUGAGCAGGGGGACCUUGCUUGCGCUGCAGGAUUUUAAUCCAUGACGGCGUAGUGUGUUACUAAUGGUUUUCUUUGAGACUGUGGUCCCAGCUCUGUUCAGGUCAUUGACCAGGUCCUGCUGUGUAGUUCUGGGCUGAUACUCACCUUCCUCAUGAUCAUUGAUGCCCCACGAGGUGAGAUCUUGCAUGGAGCCCCAGACCGAGGGUGAUUGACCGUCAUCUUGAACUUCUUCCAUUUUCUAAUAAUUGCGCCAACAGUUGUUGCCUUCUCACCAAGCUGCUUGCCUAUUGUCCUGUAGCCCAUCCCAGCCUUGUCCAGGUCUUCAAUUUUAUCCCUGAUGUCCUUACACAGCUCUCUGGUCUUGGUUAUUGUGGAGAGGUUGGAGUCUGUAUGAUUGUGUGGACAGGUGUCUUUUAUACAGGUAACGAGUUCAAACAGGUGCAGUUAAUACAGGUAAUGAGUGGAGAACAGGAGGGCUUCUUAAAGAAAAACUAACAGGUCUGUGAGAGCCGGAAUUCUUACUGGUUGGUAGGUGAUCAAAUACUUAUGUCAUGCAAUAAAAUGCAAAUUAAUUACUUAAAAAUCAUACAAUGUGAUUUUCUGGAUUUUUGUUUUAGAUUCCUUCUCUCACAGUUGAAGUGUACCUAUGAUCUAAUUUACACACCUCUACAUGCUUUGUAAGUAGGAAAACCUGCAAAAUCGGCAGUGUAUCAAAUACUUGUUCUCCCCACUGUAUCUGCUCUAUCCAAAAUUACAACCAACUGAUUGCAGCAUUACCACAAAAAUGGAGGAGUCAAGUGGAAGGGGGAGAAGGUAAGGAACUUGUCUGUCAGCACUACCAAAAUUGGUUAAAGAAAAAAAAUUGGGCUAAAGUAUACCGUACAGUUUAAUUUAAGGACCAACAGCUGUGCCAUACAGGUUGCAAAGGGAUUUUCGAUGUACCGAUUCCAUGGCACAUGGUUUAUGAACUGAUACAUUAAAACGACACCGGAUUCAAAACUUAGUUUUUCAAUGUAAAUUAUUAUACAAAAUUAAACCAAUAGAGUGUUAUAUGGGGGAUACUACCAUCCCAGCUCUGCAGAUUUUGCUGCGAAGAGAUGGAAUCAUUAGAUCACUUGUUUUGGUACUGCCCUUAUGUAGCUUGUUUUUGGUCACAGGUUCAGGAAUUGCAACAUGUACCUUGAGCUAACUCUGCAAAUAGCACUGCUGGGGGAUUUGAAAAGUAAUAGUCAAUCGAUCAAUAAUAUAAUUAUACUCUUAGCAAAAAAAAGUAUUUAAUUUACAAUCUGUAUAAGCUAUGAGAAUAGAAAGGUUCAGAACUUUUGUGAAACAACACAGUUGAAAAAUAUAUGUCCCCUGUAGCUCAGUUGGUAGAGCAUGGUGCUUGCAACGCCAGGGUUGUGAGCAUGGUGCUUGCAACGCCAGGGUUGUGGGUUCGUUCCCACGGGGAGCCAGUAUGAAAAUGUAUGCACUCACUAACUGUAAGUCGCUCUGGAUAAGAGCGUCUGCUAAAUGACUAAAAUGUAAAAUGUCAUUAGAAAUCAAAACUAGAUGGUUUUCUGAGAUAGAUGGGAGGGUUUGAGGGUAGCUGAAGGGUGAGACAAAAAAAAUGACUAAUGUAAAAUAUACUGUCAUAAAAUGUAUAUAGUAGUAGCAGGAGUAUUGUUGUCCAUUAGUUUACUCCAAUUAGGGGAGGGGUGGUCGUGUUAGGGGAAAAUAAUAAAUAUAUAAUAAUAAAUACAUACAAAUAUGUAUAUAUGGGGGAUUGGAAAUGAUGCAGACAAUUACAUUGAUAAAAGCCACAAUCUAGCUGCAAUAUUAAAGCUGAUUUACCCCCUAAAAAUGGUUGAGGAUGUCAGCGGUACAAAUGCGUUCCAUUGUGCUUCUACUCUGAACCGUUGGGUCUGUCAAACAGGGGCACAUGAGGAGAUCGACUACUCAGCCAAGUUGAAGUUCAGCGACGAUGAAGGAGAAGAAGAGGGGGAUGAGGAGAGGAACGAGAGACCCGAGAGGAGUGAAAGAAGCGAGAGCAAGAACGGCCCACGGUAUGUCCCACAGUAGCUGCCCAGCAUAACAGAACGACAUGGUGUGGAAAAUCAGUUUGACCGUUUCAAACUUUUUGUACUGUUCUCUGCUAGCAAUCCUCCUUUGUCCCAUCUAGACCGAUACACCCACAUAAAUGGUUUCUGAAUUAAUAAAGGACAGAGCCAGAAAAUAACAAAUUCAUGAAAUGAGUUGUUGCAUGUGGGAUUGCUUUUGACGUGACACGCGUAGUCUCAUUUCCUUCCCCAGGGAGAUACAGAGGUCUCAAGAAGGGCCCCUUCACGUGGCCCAGCGCUCCCGAGCCUCUGACAGCGGAGGGGACAGGGACACCAGCCGCACCCCUCUUUCCAAUGCCGACCACGACGGCCCCCCACCCCCCUCCAGCAAGCCAGGAUGGGCCGAGGAGGGGUGCAACAGCGGCCCCGCCACGUACCAGGUACGACCCUCGGCAAGGGCUAGUCUAGUAGACGUUCAGAGGCAGCUCAGGGAUAAUAUGCAAGUGAACAGUGACCAUUUUAUAGUAAAUAGCAGGAUUGCGUUGAGGACAUCGAUAUUAGCGUAAUGGCUAACUAGAUGCGUCUGGCUAAUUUUAACCUGUGGCUGCCUGUACACUACAGGGGCGUAGGCCUGGACUGGGUGGCCACUGGGAGCAGCCCUCCCCCCCACCAGGGCCUCUCCUCCACCAGGGACAGGGGCCUUACUCCUACUACCGACAGGUAUCUGCCUACCUGGGGAGAGAGAGGGCCUCGUAUAUACACAGAGUAUACAUAACAUUAAGAACACCUGCUCUUUCCAUGACAUAGACUGACGGGUGAAUCCAGGUGAAAGCUAUGAUCCUUUAUUGAUGUCACUUGUUAAAUCCACUUCAAUCGGUGUAGUUGAAGGGGAGGAGACAGGUUAAAGAAUGAUUUUUAAGCCUUGAGACCAUUGUGUAUGUGUGUGCCAUUCAGAGGGUGAAUGGGCAAGACAAAAUAUUUAAGUGCCUUUGAACAGUGUAUGGUAGUAGGUGCCAGGCGCACCGGUUUGUGUCAAGAACUGCAACGCUGCUGGGUUUUUCACGCUCAACAGUUUCCUGUUUUUAUCAAGAAUGUGGUCCACCACCCAAAGGACAUCCAGCCAACUUGACACAAGCUUCGGAGUCAACAUGGGCCAGCGUCCCUGUGGAAGGCUUUCGAUACCUUGUAAAGUCUAUGCCCUGACGAAUUGAGUGUUCUGAGGGCAACUCAAUAUUAGGAAGGUGUUCCUAAUGUUUUGUAUACUCAGUGUAUAGCCGCAUAGCAUUUUCACACACUUUUUUGCGGUUCAGUUAUUAUUUAUUUGAGUUAUUCAUACCAUCCCAGGAAAGUUUCUUUUUCAUAUUGCAGCCAAGAUUGUGGUCGUAUGUGUCCUCAUUCCAGUUUCUCCUCACCCAGGACCGCAACUCCCCUAAUCAGUCCGGCCCGGUGGUAGCCCCCGGAACUGUCUCUGCCUCCCUGGCCCCCGGGAAGCCCACUCCCUCCCCGCAGCUCCAACAGCAGCAGGCUACUUCCCCCGUCCCCGGAGGCCCCACCCCUCCGCCGCAGACAGCCGGCCUGCUAGCCCCGCCCCCGGGCGAAGACGAGGACGAGACGUGGCGACAGCGCAGGAAGCAGUCCUCCUCGGAGAUCUCGGCCGCCGUUGAACGCGCCCGCCGGCGCCGCGAGGAGGAGGAGCGAAGGAUGGAGGAAGAGCGGCGCGCGGCCUGUGCUGAGAAGCUGAAAAGGCUGGAUGAGAAGGCCCAGCAGCAGGGUGGUGGUGGUGGGAGCAGCGGAGGCUCCAAGCCCCCCAGUCUGGACGGCAACUCCGCCACAGCCGGAAGCCCCAGCCCUUCCCUAUCGGCCUCGGCCUCCUCCCCCAACAUCAGCCAGCCCCCGUCCCCCUGCGUGGACCAUGACGAGCCCCCCCUGGCUGCCCAGGCUGUGACCAGGGACCUAGUGCCAGGUCCCAGUCACACCGACAGACAGAGGGCCAAUAGCAACAGCAGCUAUGACUCCAAUACUGGUGAGUUUUAACUAUGGCUGUGGCGGUCAUGACAUUUUGUCAGCCGGUGAUUGUCAUGCAAAUAACUGCCUGUCUCACGGUAAUUGACCAUUGAUUAACUUAAACAUGUUUAGCAUCUCCUGGCUUCCAUGCAUAGCCUACAAGCCAAUGAUGCGGACCUUUGGAACAUCUACAUUUUAAAGUCUAAUAAAUCAAUUUAAUAUAGCCUACACCAGGGGUGUCAAACUCAUUUUAGCUCAGGGGCCACAUGGAGGAAAAUCUAUUCCCAAGUGGGCCGGACCGGAAAAAUCAUGGUAUAUAUAACUUAAAAACAACAACUUCAGAUUGUUUUCUUUGUUUUAAUACGAUCAACAUACAACAUAAAGCUGGAGCCUGAGGACAGUGUGUCCAAAAUAGUACAAGCACAACAUCACUAUUAAUCAUAAAACACGUCAAGUUUUUUUUGAAAAUUCUAAAGUAAAAGAACACAAACACACAAUGCCUCAGUGAUUCACAGAAGUAUAUCACAGAUCACAGAACUAUAUCAGGGUGUCAUUUCUCAGGCAGAAAUGUAGAUAAAAAUAAUGAAAUCCUGUUCCCCAAACAAGUGCAAGAACCACAGAGUCAAGAAUAGGUUAAAUAUACAAAUAAAAUAAAAUCAAUUAAAAACAAUAGCACAUCAACAUAAAAACAUAUAAACAUAAAGCUGGAGCCUGAGGGACAGUGUCCAAAAGCACAACAUCACUAUUAAUCAUAAAACACCAAGUUAUUUGAAAGUUCUGAGGACAAAGAACACACAAACACACAAUGCCUCAGUGAUUCACAGAAGUAUAUCACAGAUCACAGAACUAUAUCAGGGUGUCAUUUCUCAGGCAGAAAUGUAGAUAAAAAUAAUGAAAUCCUGUUCCCCAAACAAGUGCAAGAACCACAGAGUCAAGAAUAGGUUAAAUAUACAAAUAAAAUAAAAUCAAUUAAAAACAAUAGCACAUCAACAUAAAAACAUAAACAUAAAUCUGAAAGCGUUGCUCAAACUCCCGUAACAGUCCCGUUAUUUUAUCUUUGAACCGCUUCAUGUCUGCCACAUGUUGGGUCGCGCACACAUUUUUCAGACAGGGGAAGUGAGCUGCAUCACCACCGGCAAGUUGCGUCUCCCACAAUGACAGCUUCAACUUGAAAGAACGUAUGCUGUCAUAAUACUGCGUGACAACUUUGUUGCGCCCUUGCAGCUGUUUGUUCAAGUUAUUCAGGUGCUCUGUAACAUCCACCAUAAAUGCAAGGUCCUGCAUCCAUUCUGCGGAAUGAAAUUCUAACACUGGUUUGCCCUUUUCUUCCAUGAACUGUUCAAUUUCUUCUCGUAAAUCAAAGAAACGCCUCAGCACAGCACCUCGGCUUAACCAUCUUACCUCAGUGUGGUAUGGCAGGCCAUAGAUGUGGUCUUUCUCUCUGAGAAGGCUGUCAAACUGACGGUGAUUCAGGCUUCUGGAUCGGAUGAAAUUAACAGUUUGGAUGACCACCUUCAUGACGUUAUCCAUCUUUAAUGACUUGCAACACAAAGCCUCCUGGUGCAAAAUACAGUGAAAAGUCAAAAAAUCACGUCCUCCAUUUGCAGAUUGCACUUUCUCUCUGAACUUUGUCACAACGCCUGCUUUUUUCCCGAUCAUUGAGGGCGCACCAUCUGUAGCCAGGCUGACAGCGCGGGACCAGUCCACUCCUACCCUGUCCAGCGCGCCGACGAGUGCGGUAAAAAUAUCAGCUGCUGUCGUUGUAUCUGUCAUCGGCACCAACUCCACGAACUCCUCGGUGACGGUCAAUGUGUCAUCAACUCCGCGGAUGAAAAUGGCCAGUUGUGCAACAUCUGUAAUGUCCGUGCUUUCAUCAAUUGCAACCGAAAACGCAAUAAAUGACUUUACUUUUUGCUUCAACUGGCUGUCCAAAUCCACUGAAAGAUCGGAAAUCCUGUCUGCAACUGUGUUUCUUGUCAGGCUGAUAUUUGCCAAAGCCUGCCGCUUUUCAGGGCACACAAUCUCCGCUGCCUUCAUCAUGCAUGUUUUUACAAAUUCACCCUCACUAAAUGGUUUUGAAGCCACUGCGAUUUCAUUAGCAAUGAGGUAGCUAGCUUUCACUGCAGCGUCACUGAUGUCUCGGCUGUGAGUAAACACAGACUGCUGUUUCUUCAGACCCGCCAACAGUUCAUUCACCUUCUCUCAUCUCCGCUGUCCUUGAAAGUUGUCAUAUUUGUAGGCAUGAAGACUCACAUAGUGGCGACGAAGGUUAUAUUCUUUCAGCACUGCAACAUGCUCUGAACACACCAAACAUACAGAUUUCCCAUUCAAUUCCGUGAAAAAAUAGGAUGACCAUUUUUCUUGGAACACUCUGCACUCUGCGUCCACUUUUCUCUUUUUUGACAGAGACAUAUUGGGGCAAUGAGGGUGCCAAAGCACAUAAUGUUAAAAGUAGAAGCCGUAAUAAAUAUCGCGGGCAAAACAAAGUAGCUCAUUGGCUGCACGUGCUUGACCUACUUGCUCUGCCCCGGUAUAAACAGUUUGCUUGCUUAACACAAUUGCUAUUACACCAUCUAGUGGACGCAAUUGGAACAGCAGUUUAUUUUAUUGAAAAAUUGCAGCGCAUUUUCAAAAUCAUCUCGCGUGCCGGAUUAAACCCGUUUGCGGGCCUGAUCCGGCCCGCGGGCCGGACGUUUGACACCCCUGGCCUACACCAUCACAAUAAAUCCAUUAUUUAUUUUAGGCAGAUCUAAAGAAACUGUAGCCUAUUUCAGAAGAACAGAAUAGCAUAUUCUGAGUCGUCCUUAUGUUAGGCCCUGAUCUGGCUAUGCCAUAUGGCUGUGGGCUACACUAGUUCAUUUACCAGACAAGAUUUUCGUAUAAUUCCCGUGGCAUUAUUUUAUAGUAAGAAGAAUACAAUUGAACAUAGCUGAAUAAAAUAGAAAGGAUAUUUUCUCCAAACGAUUUCCGAAGAAGUGCGCACAUGCGGCUAUUCUGUGUUGAGUGGUUAACAAAGAAAAAGGUCCUCCUAUAUGCUUAAUUUAGAGUUAUUUAUGCAACUUUAGUUGUGAUUCAAACAUUAAGCUAUAUGUUUAGAUUUUUUAUACAUUCUAAGGCUGCACUAAUGAUGAUUUGAAAAUAAUCUCAUGAAAGGCAUGAGCUCUGCUCUGUUUCUUGCGCAGGCUGCACACACUUCAUCAGUCUCUCAUUCACUAAAUAUACUUAAGUAUCAAAAUUAAAAGUAUAAAUAAUUUCAAAUUCCUGAUAUUAAGCAAACCAGACGGCAUCAUUGUCUUGUUUUUUAAUUUAUUUACCGAUAACCAGGGGCACACUCCAACACUCAGACAUAAUUUACAAACAAAGCAUGUGUGUUUAGUAAGUCCGCCAGAUCAGAGGCAGUAGGGAUGACCAGGGAUGUUCUCUUGAUAAGUGCGUGAAUGGACCAUUUUCCUGUCAUGCUAAAAGCAUUCAAAAUGUAACGAGUACUUUUGGGUGUCAGGGAAAAUGUGUGGGAUAAAAAGUACAUUAUUUUGUUUAGGAUUGUAGUGAAGUAAAAGUUGUCAAAAAUAUAAAUUAAGAUACCCCAAAAAACUACUUAAGUAGUACUUUACAGUAUUUUUACUUAAGCACUUUACACCACUGACAGAAAUAAAUAAAAUCAUUCAGAAUAGGCUACUAAUGAUUUGGCAAUAGAGGAUCAUUAGUGUCUUUAAAAAAAAUAAGUUGUGCAUUGUUUUAAAUCGCAUUGCCUACAGUCAGAAGGAAAGGCAGCGCGGCAAAUGCCAAAUACAUGAUUGUUGAGUUGCGACUGUCAUCGAAAAGUAGAGGCCCAGCCAGGCAUAUCGCAAUGUUUCAAAAUACAAUCGCGGGAAAACAAAUGAUUAUUGAUGUAAAGAGAAGACAAUGAAGACUCUAAUUUGUCUUUUAGUUAUCAAAAUUAUCAACUUAAUUGAGAGAACAACAGUAUAGCCUGUCUUAUUGGGACCAGCCUAUGGACAAUGUCGUUUUUAUUGAUCUGUUUGUAAGUGUCAGUAGAGUAAGCUACCCUGUAAUUUGUCGUGUUAAAAAAAGAUUAUGCUAAUUCAUAUAAAGUGUAGUAGAAUAGCAUGAAAUGUGUUUUAAAAGGCCACAAUUUUUCAGUGCAAAGAAAGAAAUCUGAUUUAGCCUAGGCCUACUCUACGCUACACGUAUUUUUUGCGAACAGUGAUUGAGCUUUAUUAUUAGCCUAAAUUGUGACAAUCCAAUCUACUCAUCACAUUACGAAUAGUAGGCUAUCUUAAAUCAGUCUACAGAUGCAUGGAAUGCUUUAUUAUAAAGGUGCAUUUUUAUGGUAAAUUUGCUUCCCCUUGAAACUCGCACUGCCGGCUUCACCGGUUGUAAAGCAGAUUAAUAUGCUUAAUUUUAAGAGUUCCGCAAUAAAUAUAGCAGCACAAGAAAGCUGCAAUUUCAAUUUAAUCCUCCAGAAACGACAGAACAAAUAAUGCAACAAAUAUUGUGGUUAAACUCAAAUAUACAAAUUGAUAUAAAAAAACACAAAACAAAUUUAACAUUUUUUAAAAAGGUAUAAUCUUAAUAAAUUAUAUCAUAGGUAGGACUGGUGCAGUUAUGUUGCACAUGCAGCUAACAAAAACAUAUGGAAAUGUCUGCUCUACCCGAAAUUACAACCAAAUAAUUGCAGCAUUACCCCAAAAAUGGAAGAGGGAAGGGGGAGAAAGUAAGGAACUUGUCUGUCGGCCCUGCAUUAAAGAACAUAAUUGGUUAAAGAAAAUUGUGAUAAAUAAAAAAGUAUACCAGUUUCAUUUAAGCACCAAAGGAUUGACAGCCGUCCCAUAUAGAUUGCAAAAUAGUUUGGAAGAGGUUUUUGACGUACCAUAAUGUUUAUGAACUGAUCUGCAAAACGACGCCGUAUUCAAAACAUAUAAUUUUUCAAUUUAAAUUAUUAUACAAAAUUCUUGCUACCAAUAGAAUGUUAUUUAUAUGGGGGAUACAAUCUUCCCAGCUCUGCAGAUUUUGCUGCGAAGAGACAGAAUCAUUAGAUAAUUUGUUUUGGUACUGUCCAUUUGUAGCUUGUUUUUGGACACAGGUCCAGGAAUGGCUAAAGGAUUGCAAUAUUUACCUGGAGCUAACCCUGCAGAUGGCACUACUGGGUGAUCUGAAAAGUCAUAGGCAACUGAUCAAUAAUAUAAUACUUUUAGCAAAAAUGUUUAUUUUCAAUUUACAAUCUGUAGAAACAAUGAGAAUAGAAGGGUUCAGAACUUUUGUAAAACAUCACAGUACAGUUGAAAUAUAUAUGGCAGGUGUUAAGAGAUAGAUGGGUGGUGUUGAAUGGAGUUGACGGAUGGGACUAAACAACUAACAACAACUAAUAACAACAAGAUAACAAAUGUAAAGCAUACUGUGUCCAUAAUAAAUAUAUAGGUUAUAGGUUGAGAGCUUUUGUGAAAGAGCACAGUUAGAAAGAUAUGGCAUAUAGAAGCAAACCGGAUGGACAUCAUGAAAAUGAUUGGAGAGGUUGAGGGUAGAGGAAGUUCAGGAGUAAAAACAAACAAAAUUGAAUUAUUGUAAAAUUGACUGUGUCCAUAAAAUGUAUAUAGUAUGUAUAAGCUGGAAGUAGAGGCCUAAGCGUUGUUGUUCACUAGUUUACUCUCAAUUAGGGAAGGGGUGGUGGGGUUGGAAAGUAAUUAAGGGAAAUAUAUUUAAAGAAAGGAUAUGUAUGUAUGUAUGUAUGUGUGUGUGUGUAUAUAUAUAUAUAUAUAUAUAUAUAUAUAUAUAUAUAUAUAUAUAUAUAUAUGUAUAUAUAUAUGUAUGUAUGUGUGUAUACAGUGCCUUGCAAAAGUGUUCAUCCCCCUUGGCAUUUGUCCUAUUUUGUUGCAUUGCAACAUGUAAUUUAAAUGGAUUUUUAUUUGGAUUUCAUGUUACUUGUGCUCAUUCACAUCUGCUUACCUCUUUCAACAAUCAGUGGUAUAUCAUUGCUAUAUUCUCUCCCUUUCCUCCAUCCAGACACCCAGAUGUGUCCCCAGCCCCCCACUCCCCUGCUGCAGCAGCCCCCUCUGGAGGUUCUGGUGCCUGGGGAGGGGAAGGAGGAGAUCCUAGGUAGUGCUCACGUCCGUGGAGGAGGAGUGGUAGACCCAAUGAAGGUAGAGGGCAUGGCAGGAGGAGCAGGUCGCCAAGCCAGCGCCCCCCCCGGACAGGGCUACUCCAAGUACCAGAAGUCCCUGCCUCCCCGCUUUCAGAGGCAGCAACAGGUCAGUCUAAUAACCUAUUGAAAAAAAUUUCAGAAACUUUGAACAUCCCACGGAGCACCAUUAAAUCCAUUAUUAAAAAAUGGAAAAAAUAUGGCACCACAACAAACCUGCCAAGAGAGGGCCGCCCACCAAAACUCACGGACCAGGCAAGGAGGGCAUUAAUCAGAGGGGCAACAAAGAGACCAAAGAUAACCCUGAAGGAGCUGCAAAGCUCCACAGCGGAGAUUGGAGUAUCUGUCCAUAGGACCACUUUAAGCCGUACACUCCACAGAGCUGGGCUUUACGGAAGAGUGGCCAGAAAAAAGCAAUUUCUUAAAGAAGAAAAUAAGCAAACACGUUUGGUGUUCGCCAAAAGGCAUGUGGGAGACUCCCCAAACAUAUGGAAGAAGGUACUUUGGUCAGAUGAGACUAAAAUUGAGCUUUUUGGCCAUCAAGGAAAACGCUAUGUCUGGAGCAAACCCAACACCUCUCAUCACCCCGAGAACACCAUCCAGCAGCAUCAUGCUGUGGGGAUUUUUUUCAUCGGCAGGGACUGGGAAACUGGUCAGAAUUGAAGGAAUGAUGGAUGGCGCUAAAUACAGGGAAAAAGCUGUUUCAGUCUUCCAGAGAUUUGAGACUGGGACGGAGGUUCAUCUUCCAGCAGGACAAUAACCCUAAGCUUACUGCUAAAGCAACAAUCGAGUGGUUUAAGGGGAAACAUUUAAAUGUCUUGGAAUGGCCUAGUCAAUGCCCAGACCUCAAUCCAACUUGAAGUAGCUGGAGCAGUUUUGCCUUGAAGAAUGGGCAAAACUCCCAGUGGCUAGAUGUGCCAAGUUUAUAGAGACUUACCCCAAGAGACUUGCAGCUGUAAUUGCUGCAAAAGGUGGCUCUUAAAAGUAUUGACUUUGGGGGGGUGAAUAGUUAUGCACGCUUAAGUUUUCUGUUUUUUUGUCUUAUUUCUUGAUUGUUUCACAAUAAAAAAUAUUUUGCAUCUUCGAAGUGGUAGGCAUGUUGUGUAAAUCAAAUGAUACAAACGCCCCUAAAAAUCCAUUUUAAUUCCAGGUUGUAAGGCAACAAAAUAGGAAAAAUGCCAAGGGGGGUGAAUACAUUCGCAAGCCACUGUACACGGGGGGAUGAAGCCCAGUCUAAUGAACGUAUUUGGGGUAUAUAUUGUCCCUUUCACAUUCCAAAUUGAAGCUCCAUUCUAUAAAGCAAGCAAACCGUUCCAUUCACUGUCCCAGAAAAUACAAACCAAUGUGGGACCAGAGUAGUUGUUCUGUUCUUGACGCAGCAUUGCAGAUUGGCUUAACCUUCCCAAAGUUUGAGAAACUUACCACUACCUUUUUGUGGCUCCAUUUUAUGACUGCAGAUCCAAUACAACAAACACUAUAAAUAAUCUGCGUUCGAAUUCAGUCUGAGUAGGAGUGCUGAUAUAGGACCAGUUUCGCCUUUUCAAUGAUAAUGAAUAGCAAUAUACAGUGCAUUCGGAAAGUAUUCAGAUCCCUUGACUUUUUCCACAUUUUGUUACGUUACAGUCUUAUUCUAAAAUGGAUUAAAUAGUUUCCCCCCGCCCUCAUCAAUCUACACACAAUACCCAUAAUGAUAAAGCAAAAACUGGUUGUAUUUGUUGUGUGCAAAUGUAUAAAAAAAUUAUAAACUGAAAUAUGACAUUUACAUAAGUAUUCAGACCCUUUACUCUGUACUUUGUUGAAGCACCUUUGGCAGCGAUUACAGUCUGCCACCACCAUGCUUCACCGUAGGGAUGGUAUUGGCCAGGUGAUGAGCGGUGCCUGGUUUCCUCCAGACGUGACACUGGGCAUUCAGGCCAAAGAGUUCAAUCUUGGUUUCAUCAGAGCAGAGAAUCUUGUUUCUCAUGGUGAGUCCUUUAGGUGCCUUUUGGCAAACUCCAAGCGGGUUGUCGUGCUUUUUACUGAGGAGUGGCUUCCGUCUGGCCACUCUACCAUAAAGGCCUGAUUGGUGGAGUGCUGCAGAGAUGGUUGUCCUUCUGGAAGGUUCUCCCAUCUCCACAGAGGAACUCUGGAGCUCUGUCAGAGUGACCAUCGGGUUCUUGGUCACCUCCCUGACCAAGGCCCUUCUCCCCCGAUUGCUCAGUUUGGCCAGGCGGCCAGCUCUAGGAAGAGUCUUGGUGGUUCCAAACUUCUUCCAUUUAAGAAUGAUGGAGGCCACUGUGUUCUUGGGGACCUUCAAUGCUGCAGAUUCUUUUUCGGACCCUUCCCCAGAUCUGUGCCUCGACACAAUCCUGUCUCUGAGCUCUACAGACAUUUCCUUCGACCUCAUGGCUUGGUUUUUGCUCUGACAUGCACUGUGAACUGUGGGACUUUAUAUAGACAGGUGUGUGCCUUUCCAAAUCAUGUCCAAUCAAUUUAAUUUACCACAGGUGGACUCCAAGUUGUAGAAACAUCUCAAGGAUGAUCAAUGGAAACAGGAUGCACCUGAGCUCAGUUUCGAGUCUCAUAGCAAAGGGUCUGAAUACUUAUGUAUACAGUGGGGGGAAAAAAGUAUUUAGUCAGCCACCAAUUGUGCAAGUUCUCCCACUUAAAAAGAUGAGAGAGGCCUGUAAUUUUCAUCAUAGGUACACGUCAACUAUGACAGACAAAUUGAGAGAAAGAAAUUCCAGAAAAUCACAUUGUAGGAUUUUUAAUGAAUUUAUUUGCAAAUUAUGGUGGAAAAUAAGUAUUUGCUCACCUACAAACAAGCAAGAUUUCUGGUUCUCACAGACCUGUAACUUCUUCUUUAAGAGGCUCCUCUGUCCUCCACUCGUUACCUGUAUUAAUGGCACCUGUUUGAACUUAUCAGUAUAAAAGACACCUGUCCACAACCUCAAACAGUCACACUCCAAACUCCACUAUGGCCAAGACCAAAGAGCUGUCAAAGGACACCAGAAACAAAAUUGUAGACCUGCACCAGGCUGGGAAGACUGAAUCUGCAAUAGGUAAGCAGCUUGGUUUGAAGAAAUCAACUGUGGGAGCAAUUAUUAGGAAAUGGAAGACAUACAAGACCACUGAUAAUCUCCCUCGAUCUGGGGCUCCACGCAAGAUCUCACCCCGUGGGGUCAAAAUAAUCACAAGAACGGUGAGCAAAAAUCCCAGAACCACACGGGGGUACCUAGUGAAUGACCUGCAGAGAGCUGGGACCAAAGUAACAAAGCCUACCAUCAGUAACACACUACGCCGCCAGGGACUCAAAUCCUGCAGUGCAAGACGUGUCCCCCUGCUUAAGCCAGUACAUGUCCAGGCCCGUCUGAAGUUUGCUAGAGUGCAUUUGGAUGAUCCAGAAGAGGAUUGGGAGAAUGUCAUAUGGUCAGAUGAAACCAAAAUAUAACUUUUUGGUGUAAACUCAACUCGUCGUGUUUGGAGGACAAAGAAUGCUGAGUUGCAUCCAAAGAACACCAUACCUACUGUGAAGCAUGGGGGUGGAAACAUCAUGCUUUGGGGCUGUUUUUCUGCAAAGGAACCAGGACGACUGAUCCGUGUAAAGGAAAGAAUGAAUGGGGCCAUGUAUCGUGAGAUUUUGAGUGAAAACCUCCUUCCAUCAGCAAGGGCAUUGAAGAUGAAACGUGGCUGGGUCUUUCAGCAUGACAAUGAUCCCAAACACACCGCCCGGGCAACGAAGGAGUGGCUUCGUAUGAAGCAUUUCAAGGUCCUGGAGUGGCCUAGCCAGUCUCCAGAUCUCAACCCCAUAGAAAAUCUUUGGAGGGAGUUGAAAGUCCGUAUUGCCCAGCGACAGCCCCAAAACAUCACUGCUCUAGAGGAGAUCUGCAUGGAGGAAUGGGCCAAAAUAACAGCAACAGUGUGUGAAAACCUUGUGAAGACUUACAGAAAACGUUUGACCUGUGUCAUUGCCAACAAAGGGUAUAUAACAAAGUAUUGAGAAACUUUUGUUAUUGACCAAAUACUUAUUUUCCACCAUAAUUUGCAAAUAAAUUCAUUAAAAAUCCUACAAUGUGAUUUUCUGGAUUUCUUUUUCUCAUUUUGUCUGUCAUAGUUGACGUGUACCUAUGAUGAAAAUUACAGGCCUCUCAUCUUUUUAAGUGGGAGAACUUGCACAAUUGGUGGCUGACUAAAUCCUUUUUUCCCCACUGUAUGUGAUAUUUCCUUUUUUUUUUUUUUUUAUUAAAAACUUUUAGUAUGGUCUGUUCUCUGUCAAUUUUGGGAGUUGAGACAAAAGGUUAAGUUUUCCUUUAUUACAGUAACAUUUCUCAAUGUGUUUUGGUGUACAUAGAAUAUGACCGAUUCUGUUGGACCAAACCAAAAUGCAAAUAGUGAGUUGAAACCGCUUGUCAGAGAGGAAGAAGUGAUCUUUCAUCUUGCGAGUGGCAGGGGGUGGGGGCUUGGUGUAUGUGUUUGAGUGGGAAAGCUGCACACAGCACAAAAGAAGCGAAGGAGACGAGACCAAAAAGACAACAUAAGAAGAAGCGGACAUAAACACUGAUUCUUGCGAUACAGGCAUUUGGAAUUUUGCGGUAAAACAUCGAUUUUAGUUAAUCGAAUGAACUCUAUAUAUCUCCCAGCCCUACACGCAUGACUGUAAGCCUUUCGAUAAAGCGUCUGAUAAAUGGCUUAUUAUUAUUAUUAUUAUUAUUAUUAUUAUUAUUAUUAUAACAUCUCGACCACUUGGUGUUUUCAGGAGCAGCUGAUGAAGCAGCAGCAGCAGUGGCAGCAGCAGCACAGCCAAGCAGGUCAACAGAGCCAGCAGCAGCUCCAGCCUCAGCAGGCCCCCCAGCAGCAGGGCCCUUCCCUAGGGGCCACCCCUCAGACCCAGGGUCCCAAGCAGCAGCAGUCAGGGCCCCUGCAGUACACUCCGCAGGGCUCUAUGGGCCGCGGCCCUCUGCCCAUGAACUUUGACCCGCGCUGGAUGAUGAUGCCCUACAUGGACCCCCGGAUGAUGCAGGGGGGCAUGCAGGGUCGCCCUCCAGGGCCCAUGGACUACUACCCUCCCAACAUGCAACACGCAGGUGGGUACUCAUGGUAGUGUGGUUUGAAGGUUUGCAGUCGAGUAGGCAUAUUGUCAUAGAGCUGAAUCUGAAUUUGCAUGGAACAAAACAUUGUAAAACAUCUAUUGAGGUCAAUGGCAGAUUUGUGCAAACCAGAUUUAAAUGUAGGAUUUAGCCCAUAGAGAUUAUGACAAUGCAGUAAAAGUUUAAAUGCUCUAAGAAAUAGCACCAGGUUGUCAGCCAAAAUUUGAAUAAUUCAAUGUGACUUUUCUAACGUGACUCUGUUGCAGGGAUGAUGGGACGAGAGCGCUCCGAUUCGGGGGGCUCUGGUUCGGACAACUUCGACAGGCAGCAGCACCCGGGACACCCCCACAGUGGGACGCCCCCUAUUGACACCAAACUGGCCUGGGGGCCCGAGGUGUUCCCCGGGGGCAGCGAAGGCAGGGGACUGAGCUCCCCCCUGAGACAGAAGCAGGCACUGGAAGAGGAUGAUGUCAGUGGCAAAGGGACUAGGUAAAACAGAGGGGGUCAAAUGUCACUCAUGAUCAUUUAACUCUGGGGAAGUAGAUAAAGGGCCCCAUUUGCCAAAAUCCCGAAGUAUCCCUUUAAUUGUCAAAUCGUACAAUACUGAUUGAAUAGGAAAAUAUGUUAGUUGACAUCACAUUAGAUUAUAAAUAUUUUAAUUGAGUCAGUGUUGUAAGUACAGGAUACGGUUUCCAUAAGUGUUUUAUUAAAUCCCUGGUUUUUAUUUUAGGAGUGACACCCCUCCAGUCCGUGGUAUGCGAGAGGGAGGGCCAGGCCCCAUCCAGCAGCCCGGCUCGGGCUCCUCCAACCAGACUCCAGCACCUGUGGGCACUCAGGUGGUGGGCCAUGGAGGAGGCAGUCACCACCACCAGUCCUACAUGGGCGGCCGGGGCAACUACAUCAACUUCCCCGACCAGGGCUCCCGCAUGGCCCCCCACCAGCAGCAGCAGCAGAGGGGGAGUGAUGGAGGCUUCAGCCACCAGGAUGAGGGUCAGGGCCACAAGGGCGGUCAGCAACAGGGCCAGAUCUGGGGGGGCCCCCGACCCCAAUACGACCGCAACGGGCGCACUGACCUCUCCCUCCUGGAGAAUAACAACCCCCACCACCCUCAACAUCAUGGUCAUCAACAACAUCAAGCCCCCUCCCACUUCCCCCUCCAUCUCCACAAGCCCGAGAAUGGCCGCAGCGAGAGAGGAGGCGAAGCCCCGAAGAAGGGUGAUCCCUCGACCCCGCUCCAACAGCCGUCCCUCUCCUCCUGCUCAUCCUCCUCCUCCUCAUCCUCAGCCAGGGAGGACGGCAGUGGAAAGGUGGUCCUGCAUCACUUCCCACCUCAGCGCGAGGCCGAUACAGGAACCGUGCAGAGAAAUGAAGCAGGAAGCGGCAGAGAAAUGAAGCAGGAUAAGAUGGGCCCUGGCCACAGCCACUCUCAGUCCUCUGUGACGUCUCAGCAGUCCCAUCCUCAGUCCCAGCAGCAGAGGCAGGGCCAGGAGCAGCAGCACCACCGUGACCCCAAGCCCAACCAACGGGAGCGAGGGGGGAGGGAACACAAGACUGAGACCCAGUGGGGGCCACGGCCCGGCAGCAGCAACGCAGGAGGCCCCUCUUCACACAACAGGAGAGCAGUGGGUGGAAACUCCCGCGGAGGUGAGGAUUCAUCCAAUCACCCAACAGCGUCUGACCACAACAAACCUGCCGGCAGCCAAUCGGGAGGCGGCAACACCAACAAGAGGGCGGGGCCUAUCAAGAGGCCCGUGCUGAAGCGAGAGGGAGGGGAGGGCGAGAGAGGAGAAAAGACCAGCGGAGGAGGCUUCGGAAAAGACGAAAGACAAGAUGGAGGCCAUUCAUCAGUCAAGCAGGAAGCAUCCUCCGGCCCACAGAGCUCCUCUGCAGUGUCUGGUAAAGAAGAGCCAGCUCAGACCGGUCCCAAACCCAGAAAUGGAGGGAAGGAUCGAGCAGUGAACGAACGAGGAGGAGUGGGCAAGGGGCCCAAAAAUGGGGUCAACCCCACCCCCUCAUCAGGGUACUCCGGCCCCCCCUCUAACAGGCGGGACAGAGAGCGCUCCUUCGAGAGAGGUGGGGGCGCGUCCUACCAUGGUGUCCCUGCCCGUGGCAGCAGAGUCAGCCGAGGGCGAGGUGGCGAGUUCUACGGGCGCGGCCGGGGUUACCGGGGCACCUACACGGGCAUGGCCGGUGGCGGCAGUGUUGGCCGUGGCAGGGCAGCGAGCAGCAGGAGCAGUCGAGACUACCGAUCCGGCGGAGGCUACGACGAGGCAUCGGGGGGAAGGCGCGGCCGAGGGGGGUCGCAGGCCAACCCGGGGCGCGCACGUAAUCACAGCGAGACCCGCAGCGAGGGUUCCGAAUACGAGGAGGUCCCCAAGAGGAGGAGGCAGAGGGGGUCGGAGACGGGCAGCGAGAGUGCCGCCAGCGACCUAGCCCAGUCGGACAAAGAAGACCGUAAGUCAAGCACCAAGAAUGGCAGCGGCACAUAUAACGUUACCGGUAGCGGCUCCGCCCCACCCAGAGGCUCCCAGGCCCGGGUGUUCACCCCCAGAGGUGUGCCCUCCAGGAGGGGCAGGGGGGGAGGCGGCGGGGGAGGAGGUAUCUAUAGAAGUGGUGGAGGAGGAAUGGCUGGAGGUCACAGGUCAGGAUCCAGGGCCGACCCUCACGGCUGGGCCUCCAAGUCCUCAGCCUCGGUCCGCAAGCAGCAGGCCCCAAUGCAGUCGGCCGCACCCAAAGACACGGGUCGCGGAACCAGCGGGGAGAAGGAGAAGGCAGCGGACGGAAGCCGAGCUCAGAAUCAGGGAGGAGCAACCCCUCCGCAGUCUAUCCCCGCUGCACCUACUUCAGCUCCACAGGGCUCCAUGGAGAAUGGAGGCGUUGGGAUCCAGCAGUCAACGGCUAACCCCACUACCAACUCCAGUGGGCCCCUUCCGCUCCCUCUCUCCGGCCCGGACGGGCGUGACUUCCCUUGCGUCCCCCGUGAUGGCUUUGAGCGCCCCCCGAGACGCCGUCGCCACGGGCGCUCCCAGCACCAACAGGACAAGCCACCGCGCUUCCGGCGGCUGAAGGAGCGAGAGAACGCCGCUCGCAUCAACGGAGGAGUCGGGGUCAUCGGAGGAGGACGACCCUCCUCGCCCGGACAGAAUUAUGUUCAGGAUGUCACCGACGGCGCUCCCAAUGCGGCGCCCACAACCGGCGGUGCCCCCAACGCUAACCCCAAUGUUACCACGGCUACUAACAACAGUACUGGCGGCCAUCUUGGAAGCGCUAACGCAAACAGUCACCACCACCAUCACUACAACCAGGGCAUCUCCGGCCAGUCCCACUCUCAGCAUCACCACAACCCAGCGGGGGGCGCCAAAUCCCCCGACUUCUCCAACCAGAACUCAGAUCAGGCCAACGAGGAGUGGGAGACUGCCUCCGAGAGCAGUGACUUCACCGAGUUCCGGGAGAGGGAGGGGGGAGGAGGGAAGUCCUAUUCCUCCCAUCACCAUCAUCACCCACACGGAAGAGGAGGUGGAGGCGGAGGAGUGGUUGGAGAGCGAGAGAUGAAGGCGAAAGAGCAGGCGGCAAACAAGAGAAGCUUCUCCAGCCAGCGUCCCGGGAUGGAGCGACAGAACAGGAGGGUCAACGCUGGAGGAAGAGAGGGAAGAGAGGGAGGGGGAGGAAGAGGCCCACGGGGCCCGCCCGGUGGGGGUGGAGCCGGAAACGGAGGGGGCCAACGCGGCGAGCGCCGUGGAAACUGGCCCUCCCCCAAAAACAGGAAGUGA